UGGUCAUUCCGCAUAGUAUGAAUAAAUUCUCUGGGCUAGUUCUACUGUUUUUGUGUGCUGCAAACGCAGAUAAUUGCAUUCCUGGUGAAACAUGCCUGGAGGAGCGAACUUGUACCGCAGAUAUCCGAUGUCCUAGAUUUGACGACGGAAAUUCUGCUGUGCUGGUACCUCAUCCAGAUUGCAGAAAAUUUUUCAAAUGUUCCAGUGGAAGAGCAUGCGAGUACCAGUGUCCAGGGGUACUGCAUUUCAAUCCUGUGCAGCUAGCGUGCGAUUGGCCUGAUAAAGCCUGCUGUGAUUCCAACCGGUCAUGCAGCACUGAACAGUGUAUUCCUGGGUUGACAUGUCGGGUUAAUGAUGGAAACCACUUUAUUAAUCAAGACAUUCCACCAAUAGUCCAUAACACUGAACAAAGAAACCAAACGGGUGCGUUUGGAAACAACGUUAUAACAUGCAUCAAUAAUCAUCGCUGUCCAAUGAAUGACGACCCCUACAAUCCUGUUGUGUUGCAACAUGCAAAUUGUCAAAAGUUUUACAAAUGCUCCAAUGGGCAAGCCUGCGAACUGUCAUGCCCACUUGGUUUUCAUUUUAAUGCGCAGACAGGAGGCUGUGACCAUCCAAACAACGCUUGCUGCGAUUCUUCUGCAAGCUGCACUGGUUCCUCUUCUAUUUCUACCAAAUGCCACAUUGAUUCACGUUGUCCUUUGUAUGAAGACUCGAUGAAUCCAACACAUUUGCAGCACUCUAACUGCAGCUUAUUUUACAAGUGUGCCAAUGGAAAAGCUUGCGAGUUAUCCUGCCCACAUGGACAACAUUUCAGCAAGGCCCUUGAUCGAUGUGAAUUUCCAAAUGUCGCUUGUUGUGAUACUACUGUACCAUGCACUGCUACUCCAUCGUUCGUACCAGUCAUCAAUCCACCUUCUUCAGAAACAUGGACAGGACCUGGCAAUCGUACCGCUUGCAAGCAAGAUACCCGGUGUCACUCCGUGAACGGGCCUAGAAAUUUAUUGCUUCGGCAUGAAAAUUGUACCAAAUUUUAUCAGUGUUUUAGUGGCUAUGCUUGCGAAUUUGUAUGCCCUCCUGGACUUCACUUCGAUGAAAGACGACAAGUUUGCCAGUGGACGCAGAAUUCAACUUGCAAUGCUGCUGCGUAAUCAGAAAAACGGAAUGACACCAUAUAAAUAACAUCUAAUUGUAUUAUUGUUGAAUUUAUUACUAGACUAUUAUAUAAUCAUCUCGAAAAUGUAUGUAUUCGUUUAUUUAAUAACAUUUGCAAUUA